AUGUAUGUGUUCGUUUUAAUGGUUUUUAUACUUUUAAACAUAGUGUGUGAUGUUAAUUACUUGACAAGAACAAUUAUUGCAGUUUUUAGCGGUCGAUUUUAUCAACGCACUUAUUCUUUGAAUGAUACUUCUGAAAUAUAUGGUGUUUGCACUUUUCAAGACUGUGACGUAACAUUGAAGUUCAUGAGAAUAGCUAGAUUGCUCAGAGACCUAGAUUUUGCAAGGUAUCAUUUUUAUGAGAGAACAGGCAUAUACCGCAGAAGUCAGGAGUUGAGUAUUAAAUCCUUACAAGGGUGUACUCUUACGUCAACAGAUAAUCCAGUCCCUUUGUUUGGGUUUUAUAAAAUCACUACCGAGCUUGUUUAUUGGGAUAAUCGGUCCUUAUUUUUGGAACACAAAGUCAUUACUUUGGGUGAUGGAAAAAUUCGCUCCAUAUUAGUAUCUCGUCAGCAUGCAAUUGGACAAAAUGGAGAUUCGACUGAGGCACUUCUUGCUGGCUUGCCUGGAUCAGAUGUGAAGCCCGCUUGCCCGGAAUACAUUCAGUACUGGUUACGUAGUAUGGAAAUGUCCAGCUCCAAGAAUUGGCAGACUUUUCCAAAAGAAAUUAUCAUUAAAGUAUCAUCAGAAAGUAUCAUUAACGCCGCACGCGUUAAUGAUACUACAACUAUUUACGGUUUCUGCACCACGCAAGAUGUAGAUAUAUUUUUAAGACACAUGAACAACGCGCGGUAUGUUAGAGAGCUUGAUUUUGCAAGAUUCCACUUUUAUGAUCGCACUGGAAUAUAUGCCAACAUCAAGACAGUAGAUGGCCAUGCACUACAAGGUGCUUCGAGUAUUCGUUACAGAAGAACUAUUCCUAUAUUUUCAGCGUAUAAAGUUGAGACGAAGCUUGUGUACUGGGAAGAUAAAACUUUGUUCAUCGAGCAAAAGUUUAUCACAUUAAGUGAUGGCUUUGUACGCGCAAUCGUCCUUUCACGGCAGAACCUUAUUAAUGUAGAUGCACAGACCCUAUUCAUAGGCAUUCCUGGUAAUGAUAAAAAACCAGAGUGCCCUGAAGAGAUUAAACAUUGGCUGCAAGCUAUCGAAGUUUCCAGUGCACGACUAAGGAAAAAGGAUUAA